GGCGACCGAAGGGAAACCUAGAGAGGCACAAAGGGCGAGGAGAGUCUUUGGCGGGGUUGCACCACGACACAUCAAAUUCCACCAGGGGCGUGACCAAUCCAUACGGUUCAACGUCAUUCACGAAGCUAGCUACUCAGCUUCAGCACAGCCGCCGAGAAUUUUUUUCGGCUCGAUCGCUGUCUCUCUGCCUGCCCUUCACUCACUUUCCCACGACCAAAACCACCCCUCCACCCCACUGGUAGCUGCGCUGCUGCCGAAUCGCAUUUCCACACCACAUCACCAUGGGCCAGACACUCUCUGAGCCCGUUGUCGAAAAGACAUCAGCUCAUGGCGGGGACGAACGGCUCUUCUACGGCCUGUCGGCCAUGCAGGGCUGGCGCAUAAGCAUGGAAGACGCGCAUACGGCCGUAUUGAACCUGCUUGAGGAUAACCCCAAGGCCGCCAAAGAGCACCCUUCGAAACUCUCCUUCUUCGGCGUCUUCGAUGGUCACGGCGGCAGUAAUGUCGCUCUCUUCGCCGGCGACAACAUCCACCGCAUCGUUGCAAAGCAAGACACUUUCAAGGCGGGAAAUUACGAACAGGCCCUGAAGGACGGCUUCCUGGCCACAGACCGAGCCAUCUUGAACGAUCCCAAAUACGAAGAGGAGGUCUCGGGCUGCACUGCUUGUGUGGGCUUGAUCACCGAUGACAAGAUCUACAUUGCAAACGCCGGCGACUCGAGGAGCGUUUUGGGCGUCAAAGGCCGAGCCAAACCUCUGUCAUUCGACCACAAGCCCCAAAAUGAAGGCGAGAAGGCACGGAUCACGGCUGCGGGCGGUUUCGUCGACUUCGGACGCGUCAACGGAAAUCUCGCCCUGUCGAGAGCCAUUGGAGAUUUCGAGUUCAAGAAGAGCGCCGAGCUCGCACCAGAGCAACAGAUCGUCACAGCCUACCCCGAUGUCGUGGUGCACGAAAUUUCCGACGACGACGAGUUCCUCGUGAUUGCUUGCGAUGGUAUCUGGGAUUGCCAGUCCUCUCAGGCCGUGAUCGAGUUCGUCAGGCGCGGGAUUGCUGCUAAGCAAGACUUGGACAAGAUUUGCGAGAACAUGAUGGAUAACUGCCUGGCGUCCAACUCAGAGACAGGCGGUGUGGGCUGCGACAACAUGACCAUGAUCAUCAUUGGCUUCCUCAAAGGCCGGACCAAGGAGGAAUGGUACGAGGAGAUAGCCAGACGGGUUGCCAAUGGUGAUGGCCCUUGUGCUCCUCCCGAAUAUGCCGAGUUCAGGGGGCCAGGUGUGCACCACAACUUCGACGAGAGCGACAGCGGUUACGACCUUGAGGACCAAAAGCAGGGCAAGAGCUUUGGUAUCGGCGGCUAUAAGGGGCGCAUCAUCUUCCUGGGGGAUGGCACCGAGGUCCUGACCGAUUCGGACGACACGGAGAUGUUUGACAAUUCGGAGGAGGACAAAGACCUUGUUAGCCAGGUCUCCAAAGGCACAUUGCAAGGGGGGAAUGCUUCGGAGGCGAAGGCGGACACCCCGGCGGAUACUGGCUCGUCAUCAUCGCAGCAGCAGCAGCAGCAACCGGAGCAGCCGCAGGCGGAGACAAAGGCGCCCGGGAACAACAGCGCGGAUAAACAGAAGAGUGGGUAGGCAUGACGAUUGAACGGAACUUUGUGACGGAAAGGAAGGGGCGGGCGAGGUACAACCCCGAGACACGAGAUUUUUCUUUUAUACCAACUUUACCGGAAGAAGCAUGAUGAUCAUACUAUACCAUACCAUACCCAAGCCGUACCAAACCAGCCUAGCACAUAUCUCAUGGUUGCAUGCCGGUCUAGGGGGUUGGAUGGGUGGGAUGGGCUGGAUGGGUUGGAUGGGGUCGGGCCGGGCCAUCAGGGCACGGAGAGGAAUGGGAAGGGGAAACUUCAGUGCAAGGAAUGGUGUUUCGAGGCUGGCUUUGUGAUGGAGAGGAGAAGGGGCUGGGAUGCUCGGAUUGUGCUUACUUUGGCGGUCCUAUCUUGCGCCCCUAGCCUGCUUGUCCCUUUCUCUCUCCCUCUCUCCCUCCCUCCCUCUCUCUCUCUUUCUUUCUUCAUUUGUUGAGAGACUUCCUUUUUGGUCAAUUUUAUCGCUGUCUGCAUCUUCUCCCGCGUUU